CCAUGGGUCUGCUUUGGUCCAUGAGGCCGGACACUUUGCACAAGAGUUUCCAAAGAACUAAGUCUCUAAACCCCCACGGGGUGAAGAUCUCAGUUCAUGACCAGAAAAAGGAAGGGGGCAGGAUGCUGGCAGAAGCGACCAAUGAGAGGCUGCUGAUCAGAGACGGGGUCAUCCGGCGCACGGUCAGAGAGGGGAAUAUUCGUGGGGUCCUCUUCACUCCGCCAGGAGAAGGUCUGUUCCCCGCUGUGUUGGAUCUCUACACCUUCAGUGGAGGUUUGUCAGAGAAAAGGGCCUCCCUGCUGGCCGGCCGAGGGUUUGUGGUUCUGACUGUAGCGCUGUACGGUCACAGCGACAUGGCAAGGAACAUCAAAGAGAUCCAUCUGGAUUAUUUUGAGGAGGCAGUGGAGUUUUUGAAAAAACAACAUAAGGUUGGCGGUAAAGGAGUUGGUGUGAUAUCCAUUUCAAAAAGUGGAGAUCUGGCACUGUCGAUGGCCUCUUACCUGCAAGGUGUCGAGGCCGUAGUGUGCAUCAACAGCUGCUCCGCCAACACGCUUCUUCCUCUCUACUAUAAGAAGAGCCAGAUCCUCCCUGCGUUAAUGGGUGAUCUAAGCAAGCUGAUUCCCACUGAGUCAGAGGCCUUCAAUAUCAAGAAGGUUGCGACCGACCCUCUUGCAGAGGAGAACAAGGCCACGCUGAUCCCUGUGGAGCGGGCGGAGGGACGUCUCCUCUUCGUGGCCUCAGAAGCCGACCUCAUCUGGGACAGCAAGGCUUACGUGGAUAUGAUGGUGGAGCGACUGCAGCGUCAUGGGAAGGACAACUUUGAGAUUGUGUGUUACCCCGGAGCGGGACACAUUCUAGAGCCACCUUACGGACCCUACUGCCCCUCCGAUUUUAAUGCAUUUGUGGACGGACCGGUCCUGUUGGGGGGCGAGGCCUGGUCCCACGCUGCAGCUGAGGUCCACCUGUGGAAGAAGAUCCAGCAGUUCUUCAGGACUCACCUGAUCUGUGACGCAGAGGAAAGCUAAACUCUAGAUGCAAAUAUCACGAUGUGAGAGAGAUGGGUAACAGCUGAGGGGGGGUUACAACUGCAAUCAAAUAAAACAAGCAAAUAUUAAAACUACCAAAAUAUAAACACAAAGCAUGAAUACUGAGUUUGUAUUAGUAUGUGAAUUUAACAUAUUAUAUUGAGAUGUUUUAUCAAAUAUACAAAGCUGUC